CGAAGGCAUCACCAUGGUGGCGGAUACCGAGAGAGGUCUCCCUCCGGCGUACCACGAGAUCGAGCCCCGGUUCAGCUGGAACAAGACGAAGGGUGCGAUUACUAAAGGCUAUAACGAAUACGGCCCCAAGGUGGCAGAAUUUAUUGGCACAUUGAUUGCCGGAGCAAUAGCUCUUGCUGUCCUUAUUGCUUGCCUCCUCGCAGGGAUACUUUUGAUCGCAUGGCUCGGCCAACAGCUGGCAAAGUUGUUAAACGACAUGGGCAUAUAUUAGGAGCAUUGAAUUUUGAUUGUUUUGGGAUGGUGCACUGCG